UGUGCAUGUGAGUUAAAAUAGUCAGAUUGAAAUUUCUUUGGCUAUUCAACAUCACAACCAAAAUUGUUGAAACAAAUCUUAUUGAAUCAAACAAAAAACAAAAUGAUUGAUUAUUCAUCGACAGUAACAGCGGCUACAUCACCAUCAGCAGCCACAUCAAUUUCGGGGAUAAAUUCUUCAUCAUCAUCCAAUUCUCAAUCAUCGACAACGGCGUCAUCAAUAUUUCGUCAAUCAUCCACUUCAUUAACAGGACAAUCACCAGGUUCAUCCGGAUCAAUAUCAUCAUCAGCCACGAAUUUAUUGAUGCAUAAUGCAUUCGGAAAUAUUGGAAGUGGUCAUAUUGGAGGUGGUGGUAUUAGUGGGCCUCCAACGCUUGAUUUGAAUGAAUUUCCAUCAUUAACCGGCCAGGCUGUAUCAAUCAAUACUUUUUCUCAACAAUCAUCAGCGAUUGGUCGUCCUGCAUAUGUUGGAAUAAUGAAAGAUAAUGUUACAAAUCAAUCCGGAUCUAAUGAAUUUAAUAUUCAAAGUGAAGAUUUUCCUGCAUUACCUGGUGCUUCACCAGGUGGAACAGCAACAUCAGCAGCAGCUGUUGCUGCAGCAUUUAACCAAUUUCAACAGCAACAGCAGCAACAACAGAAUUUAGAUGGUAAUAAUUCUGGUGGUCAGCAACAACAACAAGAUCAUCAACAUUUACAACAUCAUCAUCAUCAGGAAAAUAAUCGUUCGGUUACAACACCACCAACAUUGGUUGGGACAACACAACAAACAGCAGCUGCUGUAGCCGCAAUGUCAGCAUCAUCAUUAACAUCAUCAUUAUUUUCAUCACUAUCAUCGCAUCAAUCAACAAAUUCUGCAAAUAAUAAUAAUAAUGGAGCCAAAACAUCAUCAUCAAACAGUCAAAUACCGGCCAUUAAUGUAUCCAAAGAUGGAAUGGUUACCAAUAUACCACCAGGGAUGUUAACUGAUCAAUAUGGUAUUGCAGGACUUAUGGCAAUGUUACAUCAAGCAAAUUCGAAUCCAAAUCUGUUUGCAUUGACCAUAGGUUAUGAUGUUACAGCUCUCAAUAUGAAUCUCGGCACUAAAGACCGGUUAUAUCAUACGUUUCCCGGUCCUUGGAAUGAUAAACCAUUGAAACCACAUGAAAUUGAUUAUUCUGUACCACCGGAAUAUCUUAUAUUCAAUUCAAUUCGUGAUAAAUUGGCUCAGAUUAAACUGACCAGUUAUUGUGAAGAUUUAUUAUUUUACCUAUUCUAUUGUUUAUCUGGUGAACAUAUGCAAGCGGAAGUUGGUGCUGAGUUAUAUUCACGUGAAUGGAGGUUUCAUAAAGAUGAAGGCAUCUGGAUUACAAGAAAACAAGGUAGCCAACCAUUGGAACAGAGUUCGAAUUUUGAACGUGGUUCAUACAUCUAUUUCGAUUUAAAUACAUGGUCCAAAAAUCAGAAAGAAAUGCUUAUUGAAUAUGAUCGUCUUGAUGGUCCUUCGAAUCAAUGAUGAAUGAUUGCUAUAUAUAUACGACUACGAUAUAAAUCUGUGUUUGGUGUAUAAUGAAAAUUCUUACCCCCUCCAUUUCAUUAAAUGUUCAUUUAAUUGUAAUUGAAA